UUUCGGCCACAUGUCUUCUUCAACUUCCGGUUCUUAAAGACUUGCAUAUCGCCACAUGUGAAGGCUGAAAGGGAAAAGCAGAAACAGCCAUGGCAGGGGGGUCAGGACAAAAGGGUAAUUUGUCCAAGAAUGUCUUGCAAAUGAAGUUUAUGCAAAGAAGUGCAUUAAGAAUUGAAAAAGAGAAGUCUGAAGAUGAACAGAAGAGAGUUAUUGAUGAUGAACAUUGGGUUCUUGAUCUUCCAGAAACUAAACAGAAAGAGAGCAAGUUUAUUACAGAACCAAGUAACCUGAGAAUUGAAGACCUGAAAUUUGGUAGAUUUUCAUUCAAUGGUUGUAACCCUGAAAUUGAGAAAAUGAUGAAAGCAGCUGCAACAGAGAAGGAGAAUGCACGUUCUGAGGCUGUAGAAAAAGAACUGAGGGUUGAUGAUGAAGAGAUGGCAGGAAGAUAUAAGACAUUAUUUGGAACAAUUGCAAAGAAAUUUGCAAAAAAACGACAAAGAUCUGCAUUAACAGAAGAAGAGGAGGCAACGACCACAGAGGUCAAACAAAGGGUCAGAGCGUUCUUAAAACCAAAAGAUGAUUGAAGCUGUUACAUGUAACUGGAAAGUGCGAUACUUUCAGAACAUAUGACUUGCUAAGACAGUAGGAAAACAUGACAUUGUUGAGCAUUUGAAGAGUACAAUGGCUCUCAGUUUAUUCCAUAAUUAGUAAGCUGAAGAGAAAAGAAUGUGUAUCGGUAGUUGUUAUAUUAUUUUAAAUGUUUUACACAUUUAUCAUUGUAAUAUUCCAAGGUUAAAAUCAGUUAUGAUGUCAGUAAAAGUAAAUACCCUGGUAUAUAUAGUAAUGGUGGCUCAUAGUCAGACAAAUCUAGAAAUGCUGUAAAAUAUGUAAACUAUAGUAUUUAUGAAAGAUGUGGCAGAGGGUACAUCAAGGUUUGCCCUUGCCUUUCUGUAUGUCUUAUCUAUCUGAGAUAUGUCUCAAAAUUAAUUUCAGUUCUUUAACUUUUGUUUGCCUCAACCAAAUUAUACUAAACUUAUACACAAUGCUUUUUUAUCACAGAACACAGAUCACGUUCCAAUUUAGGUGGUGUCUUCUUUACGGUUCUUGAAAUGUCAUUAUGUAUAUAUGAAAAAAUUGCAGAAUAUGCUUAAUUUGCCUCAACCUAAAGUUAUGAAACUCAUACGCAAUGCCUAUUCAUUCUCCAUUUAUUUAUCAAUUGUUUCAGUCUGGAUAAAACUACAUGUAUUUACGAUAUUGGUCCUUUAAGAUAAAUAAUGAAAAUUGAUCAUUGAUUAAUUGUCAUCAAUACAAAUUAAAACGUGAAGAACAAAAAUGUCAGCAUUUUUUGUGUCCCUUUUGCUCCCAAAAAUAUAUGUGGGUAGGGGUUCAAAUUUUUGAAAUUAUUGAAAGGUCCAGGACCAUUUUGAAGUUUUAAGUGAGAGGUGUUCCAGAAGAAAUCAAUGGUCCUGUUUAAAGCAUCAGUGUAAAUUAAGGUAGGUCCUUGACUUUCCUAAUUUAAUAAUAAAUAGUCCUCUUCUAGAGAAGACGAGUCUCAGACCUCGCACUAAUUUGAACCCCUGUGUGGGAUACUGUGAUUGUAAGAUCAGUCCAAAUGAAAUGGGAUAUUCAGAAAAUGAUAUUACAAAUGUAGUACCAUUAUGUAGAGAUCUAUGUAUUGUUUGAAUCAUCUUGUUUUUCUAUUACAUCAAAUUACUGAUUGUAUUUUAAAGUUGAAAAGUUAUUUAUCAUUGAAAAUAAUUUUUAAUAGGUGGUUAUAUUAAAUGAAUUUUGUUAUUUUGUUAGAUUGAAUACAUUUUGAACAUAUAUUUAUUGCAAGAUCUAUUUUAUGGCAAUUGUGUAUGAACAUAUAUUUUAAUAGAUAUUUAUAACCGCUAUAAAAAGUAUUUAAGAAUCUUCUAUUUACAAUAUUUAUGGAAAGAUGCACUUAAUUUUUUAUAAUUAAGCCUAGAAUAAAUGGACAUUAAUUCAACAUGUGCACUUUGUGUGUUAGUUUGGUUAAAGCAAACCAGUUAUUUUGUUACAGAUUUACAGAAUUUGAAAAUUUUGUAACAUUUUGAAUACUGCAUGCUUUUUUGUACAUAAUAUUUUACCAUGUAUAGUGGAUUGGGUAUUGUUUAUAACAAGACUUAUCAUAGAAAUAUAUUACAAUAUUGUAAUGAAGUUGCAUAACUUGCUUGUUGAAUAAAUUAUUAUUGUUGGAA